CAACUCACAUUUUUCCAACGGACGAAACCCUCCGAGGCGUUCAGGCCUUUCUUUCUAGACAACCAACCACCGUUGAUUUGUCAGAAAACCAUCGCGCAUACAUCACCCCUGCGACGCGGCCGAGCACUCGCAGGACCGUUCCAGGCGUGCAUCUCAACUCCCUUGGCGGUGUCGUCAUUCCCUCUAACGCCCCGAUCUGACACCUACGAGCUGAUCUCAGUUCGCCAUCGCUAGGACGACAUCUUGCCUGUCGUGAGCUUCAAGGUGCACUUAUAAGACGCCUCUUCCUGGCACGGGAAAAGAGAUCAUCUCUCGAGGUGCUUUGGGGUUUUGUCUCGAAAUCGAGUACAGACAACGAGCGGUUUUAUCUUGUGACCAUGGCCACCACGCUCUUGCAUUCUCUUGUCCAGGUUGAGGCCGAGCCCAACACAAAGCCGCAGCUGCCAGCUCUCCCAGAACGUGCCGUACCCAGAUCUUACCCAGCUGCUCCCCGCAACGGCGAUAAUGGCAUAGAGCUCUCUCGUCUGCGUGAGCCACAAGGUGCGGCGAAGAGUGUCACUGGCUCAAGUUCACACAGAGAAUCUUCACGCCCAGGCACUAGCGAUGGCAUUGCUGAUCCCGAUGUCGAAAUGAGCCCACAGAAUCCCACGGCUCCCGCUGAUGCGUUCGACAUUCUUCCGAGCUUGUCAAGCCCGCCAAUGAACAAGUAUAGGCUCAUGACCGCCUGCUUGAUCAAUUUUGUUGGAGGUAUCACGGACGCGGCGCCGGGAGCCUUGAUUCCCUACAUGGAGACACACUACAACAUCGGCUAUGCUGUCGUCUCGCUCAUCUUCGUCGGCACAGCUUUGGGUUUCAUAGUCGCCGCGCCCCUCAUUGAUACUUUGCGACAAACUCUGGGCAGAGCUCGAGCUCUGAUGCUCUCACAGUUGCUGCUCAUCAUGGGCUUCAUCCCGCUUGUCUCCAUGGCUCCAUUUCCCUCCGUUGUGGUGGGCUUCUUCUUCAUCAGCUUUGGAGCGGCUGUUCCCUUGGCCAUGAACAACGUCUUCUGUGCGAAUCUGCGCAACGGCACGACCAUGCUGGGCCUCAUGCACGGUAGUUACGGAGUUGGCGGCACAGCCGCUCCGCUCAUUGCCACCGCACUCAUCACGCAGACAAACAUGCCCUGGGGACGCUACUAUCUCUUUCCGCUGGGAUUUACUGUCUUCAACUGCGUUUUUGGCGGCUGGGCGUUCUGGGCUUACGAGCAAGAGCAGCUGGGAAGCAACGGUAUCACUGAACAGCUGGCGGCGGGCGCCGGCUCUUCUGCCACGCGGACCAGUGGCCGCGAGGUCCUGGUAGGCAUGUUCCGCGCGUUCCGCCUUCGUGUGGCCAUGCUCGGCGCCCUCUUCCUCUUUGCGUACCAAGGCGCCGAGGUGUCCAUCUCGGGCUGGGUUAUUUCGUUCCUGAUCGCCACGCGCAACGGCGACCCGUCCUCCGUCGGUUACGUCACGUCCGGUUUCUGGGCCGGCAUCACGAUCGGGCGCUUCGUGCUGUCCCCCGUGGGCGCCAGGAUCGGCGAGAAGCUCUUUGUCUAUCUUCUCAUUGGUGGCGCCGCCGUGUUCCAGCUGCUCGUUUGGCUUGUUCCCAACAUUAUUGCCGAGUCCGUCUCGCUCGCCAUCGUUGGUCUGCUCCUGGGCCCCGUGUACCCUUGCGCCGCGGCGGUCUUUGCGCGCAACUUUUCGCGCAAGGAGCAGGUUGCCGGCCUUGGGCUCAUUAGUGCAUUCGGCACUUCUGGAGGUGCUUUUGCGCCGUUCACCACUGGUCUGUUGGCCCAGGCGGCUGGAACUUUUGUCCUGCACCCUAUUGCCAUUGGGCUGUUCGCCGUGAUGGCUGUCACUUGGUUCGGCCUGCCUAGCGCCAGGAAGAGGACGGAUUAGAAGAGAAAGCCUGGGAGCAAGACUCGAUAGCAAUACCAAAAGCCCACGGUGGGAUGGGCAGCAAUUAUACCUUGCUCGCAAAUAACUGGAUGGUGGGACCUGAUUGAGAGGAGGAAUGUGCAAAGCUGGGGGAGACCAUAGAGACAGGAAGGCGAAGCCGGAGGGUUUGGCAUCCGUAAGGGCAUUAGAUAUGAAUCCUUCUUCCUGGGUCUCAAGUCUCUUUCAAUUGCUUAGACCAUAAAGGGACAACGUGUGAAUCUGAGAUGUGCCUUCUAGCAUGUGCAAAGAUGCUUGAAGGAGGAUAGUCUUCAACCCAGGGGAGCUAGAACACGGAGACGUAGAAAUGACCAAAUACCUUCAAACGCUGAAGUUACACCUA